GCUAGAGUGAAGAGUAGGGUAAAAAGAUGAAGAUGCCACUCGUUCUUCACUGCUCAGCUGCUGUUCUGCUGUUAGUGAUGUUUUAUUCGCCUGAAAAACAAGGUAGCGAAGCUCGUGCCGUGACUUGCUGUCUGGAAACAUCGAAAACCAUGUUACGUCUUGAUUUGCUGAAAGGAUACAAGGAACAGAAGACCUUCUUAUGUCCUGUGCAUGCUAUAAUAUUUACCACCAAGAAGAACAUCAACAUCUGCUCUGAUCCCACCGCACCAUGGACCAUCAGAGCCAAGAAGUUCUUGGACAAGAAGAAACAGCCUCCAGUGAAGCCCAAAGAUCUUCCACACCAUAAUCCCACCAGAGCUCUGAAACCUGAAGCACAGGCGCAGAGUAACAGCACGACCACCGUUAACGAAACAUCAGUGUUUGUGUGAUAUGAUUCGAUUUGACUUGAUAUGAACAUUGAUUUUGAACCAUUUUCUCUUUACAUAUUAUAUGACAAAAGGAUUUGUAAAUACGCUCUUUAUUAAAGCAGAUAUUUGAGGUAAUAUUUUACUUUUAACUUUUAAUUCAAUUGUAUUUAAUAGACAUGCAGUUGAACAUUAGUUGAAUGUCGGUUGAGCAUUAAUGUUGAAGCCAGCAAAUGGACCUUUCAAGUAAAGUGUUGCCAAUUUUUUGUGUUAUUAUUAUUAUAAUGUAUUUUUGUUAAUUAACUUUUGUACAGUGAAAGGAAUGAAAUAUUAUUUUAUCUAAAAACAAAUAAUAAAGGACACAUUUUUUUUA